UUUUAAAGACGGAAAUCGAUAAGACAAGACUGCUGGUAUAAAUAGGGAAGCGAAAGAGUCUUGGGAUUCAUUCGUUUCUUGACAUCAUGGAACACAGCAUGGCUUUUCUCUUGGCCGGUUUUUGCUUUCUCGCCUUGGUUUCUGGUAACGAAGGAACUGCUAAUCGAUUUUUGUCCGGAAUUGAAAUUUCAAUUAUCAAACCGGAAUCGACGACUACUUCUCCCCGGCCGACCAUUCCGACAACUCAAACUUCACUUCCCCCAACUCCGCCAACUCAGAGGCCAUCAAAUCCUAACGAAUGUUCCAAUCUCCAAGGUUUCCCUUGCUACAAGUUGCCGACAGGUUGCGUUUGCCCUAUCAAUAGACAGACACCCUGGAUAGAUGCCCAUAAUUUUUGCAAAACUAACGGCCGGUUACUCAUAAGCUUCAAAUCAGCCGCCAAACAGACCGAGUUUGGAACUUAUUUACCUUCCAUAAUAGGGAAAGAUAAUCUGUUCACUAAAAUUGGAUUUUGGACGUCGGGGUUUUUCUGCUUAGAGACGUCAGCUCUUUGCUCAACGAAGAACACCUGGACAUGGGCGGCUUCACGCGAGAACUUUAGCCAUGUCAACUGGCUGGCAGGUGAGCCGAACAUGAGCAGUACGCCAAAAGGUGCGUGCGUCCGUGCAGUCCCCACCGCCAAUUACCGGUGGGAUGAUAUUGACUGCGGCCAAUUCCUCCCGUUCAUCUGCGAAUGAAGCUAUAUAGGCAGAAUAAGAUUAUUUAAACACUUAUUUCUAAUCAAACGAUAAAGUUUGUUCCUCUACUCGUAAUUUUCGUUGCAAAACAUCUUACAUGUCACACACGUUCGUUUGUGAAUUAAACAGUUGAAGCGUGAGAGUUUA